GUGAGACGGUCUGGUAGAGGGGUGGCUAAACAAGAUGAAUUUUUGGAGACUUGUUCUCUAAUUUAUGAUUAACAAGAAGCCAGCUUAAUCUCUCCAGUAUCCUGCUGCCUGGACAGAAUGUCUGCGAGUAACUUGGACCUUGCAGAGGGAAAUGCCCUGACUAAGCUACAGCCUACAAAAGUGAACAGUUUAAGCGUGAUGGACAAAAAACUGAAUCUGUUGAAUGAAAAGGUGGACAAAUUGUUGAAUUUCCAGGAAGACCUGACAGGCAAGCUACAACGAGUUAACAAAGGUGUUGAUAAUAUAGAAAAAGACAUUAUCAAACUAACAGCAUCCCGAGCAGCUCCUGAUGAGACUGAUGCAAUGAAAAAAGUCCUAAAGCUAUCGGAUGGUACGCAGCUGGCUGAUAUCCAGAGUAUAUGCUCAGAAGUAUUGAAAUUGAUGAAAAUUGUCCAGCUAGAUGCCUCGAAGCAUAAGGAGAGGCUGGCAAAGAUGGAGAAAAGGGUCGAUACGCUGGAUAAGGUUAUUACGUUCAUGGGAGAAAUUUUAAAAAAUUCUAAAGUAGUGGAUUUUAUUCUCAAAGGCAUUGUUCCCUGGAAAAAGGGGAGUCUGCUGGAAAUCCUUGUGGAGGCUAAAGACAAACCUGAAGAGAGUGGUGCAAAACCUAAGCAUGUGCUUAGUAAUAGAGGAACACAAACUGAAAACAAGAAGCCGGUGGAAGAGACCAAAAGUGGAAAAAAAUCAGAGGAAAACAGUGGAGCAUUUGAGAAGGUAAACACUUCUAGUGCUACAGCUCAGAAAAUUGACUCUAAACUCCAAGUUAAAGAGAGACCAGCACCCCUGCAAGCAGCAGAAGGUGCUGGCAAAGCACAGAGCUCUAAGGUUUGUCAACAACGAAAGGACACUGGUGUCAAAGCUUUGAAUCAACACAAUGGCCUUCCCUUCGCAAAUCAAGACCGUGUAGGGAACCAGAGUGCUCCUGCUAAAGCAAACGAUACAGACAGAGCCCCACGUCUCGAAGAGCGCUGCAGGCAGCUUUUUCAUCAGAAACUUGGGCAGGAUGAACCCAAACCUGUGCGGCUGAGUGCAGCCUCCCGGGAAGCUGCACCCUCCGUGUCCCGGGCCAUAUCUGACGCAGGGUGCGAAGUGACAUGUACCAGGAUAUCCAUCAGUGUGCAUAUGACUGAAAUGAAAGAACAAACUGAGGUGACCAAGGAAGGAAGCUUAAAUGAUCAAAGAGGUAAAAGUUCUAAAGCAAAAUCUCCAUCCUCCACACCACCAGAAGUAGAAGCAGUUAAACAGCUGCCUGACAAAUUAAAACUUAAACAGAGUCCUAAAAACACCAGCACUGAGCCAAACCAAGAAGUGAAAGGGGACAAUAAGCAAAGUCAACCUGCAUCUCAAACAGAAAAACAACAGACAUUACUCAGCAAGUCCAAAGCAGCUAAAAAGGCUGAAGAGAAAUCAGAAUUAAAGUGCAAGCCCAUAACCUCACAGAAUACCUCUGCAAAGGAGUCAAAGAGAGAUCUGGGGAUAGAAAUGAAAAUCCAUCAAGAAACCACCAAAGCAGAAGAAUCCCUGAAGGAUAUCAACUCUGAGAGGAGAGCGUCUGAGUUUGCAUCUUCAGGAGGAAGUGGAAAUGAUGCAAGUCAGUGUACAGGAACUGCACCAGAGAAGAUUAAACCAUCAGGAGCUAGUAAAGAGCUUCCUAAACAGGAUGAAAUGAUUAUUGAUGACAGCCCUUCUCCUCCAGCUCCUUUUGAACAUCGUGUAGUGAGUGUCAAGCAAAUGGAGGUGACAACGUGCUACUCUGUGUGUCGCCAUGAAGUACUAGGGGGGGGACGUUUUGGGCAAGUUCAUAAAUGCACAGAAAUAUCAACAGGUCUCAACCUGGCAGCCAAAAUCAUAAAAGUGAAAGGAGCAAAAGAAAAGGAGGAAGUAAAAAAUGAAAUUAACAUCAUGAAUCAAUUAAAUCAUGUGAAUCUGAUACAACUUUACGAUGCUUUUGAAGGCAAAAAUAAUAUCACUUUGAUCAUGGAAUAUCUUGAUGGUGGUGAAUUAUUUGACCGGAUCACUGAUGAAAACUACAAUCUAACAGAGUUGGAUGCAAUCCUGUUUACCAAGCAAAUUUGUGAAGGAGUCCACUACUUGCACCAGCAUUAUAUUCUCCAUUUAGAUUUGAAGCCUGAAAACAUAUUAUGUGUAAAUCACGUAGGAAACCAGAUUAAAAUUAUUGACUUUGGAUUAGCAAGGAGGUACAAACCUUGUGAGAAACUGAAAGUUAAUUUUGGCACUCCGGAAUUCUUGGCUCCUGAAGUGGUGAACUAUGACUUUGUUUCCUUCCCGACGGACAUGUGGAGUGUGGGUGUCAUCACGUACAUGCUGCUUAGUGGCCUGUCACCAUUCCUGGGAGAAACUGAUGCAGAGACGAUGAAUUACGUAGUCAAUUGCAGCUGGGAUUUUGAUGCAGAAGCAUUUGAACAGCUAUCAGAGGAAGCAAAAGACUUUAUUUCCAGACUACUUGUGAAGGAGAAAAGCUGCCGGAUGAGCGCAACGCAGUGUCUGAAGCACGAGUGGUUAAACAAUCUGCCUGCCAAAGCCAAGAAGUCCAAGUGUCGCCUGAAGUCCCAGCUGUUGUUGCAGAGUUACAUGGCUCAGAGAAAAUGGAAGAAACAUUUUUAUGUGGUGGCUGCUGCCAACAGGCUGAAGAGAUUUCAGAGCAUGUCUGUCAAGCUUGCAUGAGCUUGUAUGAAACAUCUACGCUGCUGCACAUGGGCAUCUAGCCAUGAAAGGAGGACUCAUUUUUUUCAUUAACUUCUAUCACUUUCUUUUAUAACAUAAGAUUUUGUGUCUGUUCUUCUCAAGUAUUAUGUGCAUUAGAGUGCUUAGGUUCCAGAAACACCUCAGGGCAGAAGCACAGAAAUAAUCUCUAAAAGCAGAAGCUACCUGGCUUGUUUUUGCAAGUUUUUAGUUAUUGGAGAUAGUGAUACGAAAACGUGGCUCUUAGAGGGACUGUCUUCUUGCUGAAGACCUUAAUUCUACAGAAAUUUGUUGGUAUGUUUACACCAGAAAACACUUCAGCAGUUUUCUGAUUUCUCAUAUCAAACAGAAAAUCUCUGAAGACUUUUUCUUCACUGCUGAUGUAGUUGAUCAAUUUUAGAGCACUGCCACAGCUGUGGCACUUCCCUCCCUCCCCCCCCAAGUACCUAUUAUUUAAAGCAAAAGAGUUUGGAUAUCCUGUUUUUCUGUCAUUUUUCCAAAAAGAUUGCAUCUUUUCCCUCUAAAACAUGACAAGCAAAACUACUCAGUUGAAUACUUAUAUGUGUAUAUAUAUGUUUGUGUGUGUGUGUAUUUAUAUGCACACAAACUGAUUAGUGUGUUUUUGUAUGUAUAUAUAACACUAGAUAUAUAUAAUAUAUAAUCACACAUACAUACAUACAUACAUAUAUAUAUAAAGUAAUUCUACUAUCUCCUUUAAAAAAAUAGUCACUGAAUAUUUUGGAAAUAUGAGAAAUCCUGGUAUCAAAGCAAAUCAAGUGAAUAUGUCCAUUGCUAUUUUUAAUGGUGAGCUGAAUUAAAUUGAGAUAAUCUUUUUCAGGAAGAUGAUAUUUCCAGGCAUUGAAUUAUACGUUGUUAAAACUUUUAAAGGUUUCUCAUUGACUGUCACUGCAGCACUUAAGUUUGUAUGUUUUUAGUCUGAGGACUUUUUUUUUCCCUUCUCCUUUUUGGCAAAUGUGAAGAAGUCUAUCCAAGAAGUUGACAUGUUGUGAUAUGUAAAAUAGUUUUGUUGUUGUUCAGCGGCUGGGAGAUGGUGCAUUGCAGGACUCUGCCUUUGGCCCAGUAAAGAAGCUAGAGCCCCUUUUCCGUUUAGUUCUCAAACACUUGGCUUUUUCCUCACAAUAUUAACUUAUUUGUGUUUUUAAAAAGAAAUAUUUUCCUGAUGUGUAAAGAGUUGGAGCCACUUACAGUCCCUCAGCUAAUAGAAUAACAUUUUUUUACUAAGCUUGUGGUUUCCUUUAUUCCUCCUGUUCUAGAUUCUGCAAAACUCAGCAUGAGCUGAAUAAGCUCUUUGGGAGGAAAAAAAAAAAAGAAAGAAAAGCUAGCACUGUUAAAACUAGCUUUUCAGCAAAGGCAUCAGCAAGCCACUGUCAAGCUCCCAUUUACUUUACGGACUUCACAUCCCUUGAAUUCGGAAACAGCAGUUACUAAUAAAGAGGAUUAAGAAUGGCUUAUGCUAGUCUAGUUGUCUUUCCCACUCUAGCGCUUUUCACUUUGCUUGCACCUGAAUUCUGGAUUUCUGCAGCAUUUCCAGAAUCAAGUUGGAGAAGAAUUAAAAUCAAGUGAAAUAAUCUUGAUUAAAGUAUUACCUUCCAUGAAGGCCCACUGUUGUUCAUGUUUUCCUUUCACAGUGGUACUGCAUGCUAAAUAUGGUUAUAUUCAUUGGUAUGUAUAUUUAUGAAUUAAGAUUAAUAAAUUACAUUAAAAUGAAAGUGA